AACAGUUGAACAGCUGAUUGCUCCGAAAAGGAGAUUAAGGAGAAGAGUAUGAGGUGGUAGUAUGAGGACUAUGAGGCACACGAUUUUCAACCUUCGCAUACAUUAGUGAAGUAAACCUCAACGCUGUCUUAGCUGAAGCUACAAUCAAACAGCCAUGAAUGCAGAUUAUGGCCUUGAGGAAAUCAGUAAUUUUCUGCAUGAGAAAAAGGAUGCAGCAGAUGACUCUGAUGACGCCAGUUCUAUAAUUCUGGGAUAUCAGCCCAUCAAGCAAAUAAGCAAAAGUGAUCUGCUCAUAAUGUUGAAGAGCUCCAGGCGACGAACUGCUACACAUAGAAAUGAAAUAGUGACUCCUUCCAAGAUCACUUCUCUGCUGGAUGAGGAAGAUGAAGAUGAUGAUCUAACAUCAGAGUCUGAUGGGAAUGAUGAAACCAUUGCAACUGUUGCCACUGCUGGGCUUCUGCAAUCAGAAAACACUCCUGCUCUGAAGUCAGAUAUAUUGUCAAAUAGCUCAUGUCCUUCUGUGUCAAGACCUAAUCACACUCCACACAAAGAGAGGAAAGAAGUGCUACAAGACAUUAAAAAUGUCUGUAAUAGCAAAGACCAAUCGCAACUAAACUUGAGCCCCAGGAAGAACAGCACGCAUUUGGUUGUAAUGUUAGAGAAUUGUUUGCUUUUCAAAGGCAGUAGUUCUUCUGUGAUGCAAGAACAACUGGUUAAAAAGAACACUUCUUGCUUGAAACCUAAAUUCAUUAUUGAUGAAGAGCUGCCUCUGAAAAAAACAAAGAAGAUUCAACAGAAAGAGAACAUUAGCCAUCCCAGGAACUCAAAUGAUGAAAUUCCCUUAAUUAUGCUAAAAAAUAACACUCUAUCUUCAGCUGUUCAUAUCAAGCAAGACAGUGAUGAAGAUGUGCCGCUGAUUAAAUUGAAGAACCCUUUGCGUCAAUUGAACAAAGAUGUGCCUUUGGCCAAGCUGAAGAAUGCUGUUCAACAGGAGAUCAGUGAUGAAGACGUGCCUCUGAUCAAAUUAAAGAAACCUGCCAACCAACCUGACAUCACUCCUUUUGCUGAUACAAAAAUACCCACAAAUGAUGACGUGCCUCUUGCACAAUUGAGGAGGCCAAUUUUUACAGCUCGUAUACCUAGGGUUACAGGCUCCAGCAACCCUGAGGAGUGCAUGGAUGGCACCUGUGGAAAUAAGAAGGGUGACAGCAGUUCUGACGAUGGUUGCAGCAGUAAACAAAGCAACAAGUCAAGGGUAGAAGGAGGUUCUUCUGAUGGGCCAGGAAAGAACAGCGGUUCUGAUGAUGGCAAGGAAGAUGACCAAGACAAAAAGAGGAAUAUUAAAAGUCCAAAAGAUGACACCUCAGAUGAAGAAAUGGAAGAAGAAACCGAAGAAUCAAAUGAAGUUUCUUCAGAUGAGUCUGAAGAAAAGUUGCAAAAACCUAAAAGAGUUACGAAGAAGAAAAGAGUGUCACCAAGUAGCUCGUUAAACUCUGACUCCUCAGAGGAUGAAUCAAAUUCUCAUAAGAAAUUUAAAAGAAACAUUUCACAGAGGAAGUCACCCGAAAUAAAAACCAAAAUACCCAAAUCUUCAAAGCAACAAGGAAACUUUCGCUCAAAGAAAUCACCUGUAUCUAAAUCUCAUAAACUCGAAGAUUCAGAUUCUGAAGAUGACAAGCCUCUAAAGCGUCAGUCUAAUGUUGCUAACAGGGAGAGCAGCUCCCACUCCAAUGAUGGAGGGUUCAAUGCAACAGGCAAGCAGCAGAGUUCAGAUUCUGAUGACGACAAGCCCAUCGCCACUUUGAAGAAAAUGAGUGUAAAAUCAAGCAAGGAUAAGAGGAAAGAAAAACCCAAGAAAGGACCAAAGGUAACUUCUGAUGAAGAGAUGGAAGAUAACAUGUCAUCUAAUGACAAUUCUUCAGAUCAGUCGGAAAGAAAGUUGAAAAAAUUGACAGUUAAGAAAAGGUUGUCACCUUCUGCCCUACUGGAUUCUGACUCUUCUGAUGAAGAUGCUUCUUUCAAAAUGAAAUCAAAACGAUCUUUGAAGAAAAGGAAGUCACCUGAAUCAAAAUCCAAGAAGAAAAAUCCUGCUUAUAAGUCAAAACUGAGCACAAGUAUACCUUCGAAGGAUAAAGAGACCUCAUGCCCAAAGAAAUCUGCUAUCUCUCGAACCCUUGCACAGAAUGAUUUUGAUUCUGAGGAUGAGAAGCCUUUCAAGCUAUUAAAGCGGCAGUCAAAGAGCACUGACAGUGAGAGCAGCUCUGAUACUGAUGGUGGGAAAGACAAGUCGUCCAAAAGUGCUGAACCAAGCAAGAAGCCAACAGUUUCAGGUGGUCAAAAAGGUCACAAAAAGAUAUUAGCAAAAGGAACAAACACAGAUGAGGGUUCCUCUACUUCUGAUAGUGACUCUGAAACUGAAAAUAGAAAGCUUAAAAUGAAGAAAAGCUUAAGCACAAAUGCAUCCUCUGACCCUGAAAAUGACAAGUCAUUAAAAAACAAACCACAUAAGAAGCAGAAUUCAUCAGAUUCUGAUGAUGACAAGCCCCUUGCAGCUUUGAAGAAAGAAAGUGGGAAGACACGUAAGCUCACGUCAAAUCAGGACAAGAAGAUUGAAAAACUUAAGAGAUACCUUAAAGAAGCUGGGAUGAAUUUUGUGCCAUACAAAAAAAUAUCAGAGCAGUGCAAUGGCAAUGGAAAGAAAAUUGCUGAAAAGCUCCUCAGCUUACUUCAUGAGAAGGGAUUGAAAGGCACUCCUUCUAUUGAGAAGUGUAGGAAGAUAAAGAAAAAGCUGGAAUUGGAAAAGGAUAGAGAAUCGCUUGAUUUGGGCAACAUUAUUCAUGAUGGUGCAACAUGCAUUCGUCGUUCUCAAGUCACUGCAAAGCCCAUGAAACGGAAGGCUGAAUCUUCUUCAGACUCUGAGAAGGAAAAAGUUAAAAAGAAGUAUUCCAGACUUCUUUCUCUCGCAGACAACUCGUCAGAUUAACAUGUAAGAGUUAAUUGGUUUUUUUGUAAUUUCAUUUUCUUUAAAUCUAAUACUAAAAAAUUACAGAUAACUUCUCUGUCUAAACAAGCAUGGUUAUAUAAGGGUUUGAAAUAAGCAAUCCAUUAAUAAGUAUUGUCAUUGCUAUUCUCUUUAAUUGACAAAUUCGAACAUAUAUAGCAAGCCCUUACUUAA